ACCUGUGGCAUCUAAACCCCUGCCGGAAACCCCCCCCCCCCCACCAACUCUCCGCUGCUGUGUCCCCCUCUGAGUGACGCAGAUGCCUGAGCAGCGGGCACUACCACACCCAGUUGAAUAGCGCUGGGGCGGGGUCAAGGCUGGAAACCAAGCGGCUUCGACUGGGAGCUGAGAAUUUGUCCCAGGCAGCCAGGAGCCGCUGUUCGAGAGCUCGGUGCCCGGUCCCCUGCAGAGUAGACGACAGCUCACAGAACCGUCUCCGUCUGCUGCACAUUCCAAAGUCACUCGUUGGAAUUUGAAAGAUUCAACGACCUUGAGGCACGCGCGUGACCCUUGGGCAGCCUUCAACGCGGGACCGGCACUCCCUCUCCUUACACAAGCCUCUCCGGGAGGCCCUGCUUUAACCCGGCUCCCGGGUCUGUCCGAAACAGGCUGUAGACCCGAAGGAAAAGAUGCUGCCAGACCUGCUGAGUUUUUCCAGUGGUUCAAGUCUGUGCCAAGGAGGGAGUUAGACAAAGGUCAGAGGUUAUGAUGCGGCUUGGGAUCCUCAACAGGCUGUGCCGAUCUGCGGUGUUCUGCUCUGAUUGGACAGUGAGGGAUGGAGUCACAACCACCAUGCUGACCCUGGUCCGGAAUCACCAUGUGCCCAGUGACAGGUUCAAGGACUAUGGCAUUCCGAAUGCCAGCUGGAACCCGGACAUGAUGGCGCUGUACCGCCGGUACAUGGCAUGGACCGAGGACGGCUCCUGGAAGAGGCUCCCCUCCUACAACCGGGCCCUCAGGCAGGAUCGAGAUCCAGAGAGCCCCAAUCGAUUGUUCACCAGGAAUACAGAUGUGGAGGGAUCCUGCUUUGAGUACGCCAUGUUCCUGAACGCGUCGGAGAGAAGGAUUCUGUGUAUAUUCCAGCCUGGACCAUUAUUGGAGGGACCCCCCUGCCACACCCAUGGUGGUGCCAUCUUCACCCUGCUUGAUGGGGUAGCGGGGACAUGUGCAUACGCUACCAUGGGCCCUGUCCUUACAGCCAACGUCAAUGUCAACUUCCAGAGCCCUGUGCCUUUAGGGUCUACAGUCCUGAUCGAAGCUCGCAUCGAGAGGGUAGUCGACAGAAAGAUAUUCAUGUCCUGUCUCAUCACCAGCGGCAUCAGCCCCAAGGUUCAUGUGGACGGCAGCAUGCUGUUCAUCAAAUGCCUUGGUUCAGGCCCAGCGAAUGGGAAAUGAGGAGCCUCUCCCUUGAAGAUGGGUGAAGCCUCCCUCACCUGAAGACCUCUGGAGCAGGAGGGAAACAUUUGCUGCUUGUGGGGAGGAUUCACCUUUCUGGGUUUGAGGGACUUCAGUCCGUGUGGGAGAGACUGGGAGGAGCUGGGAUUGUUCUCCUCAGAGCGGAGAAGGUUAAGGGGGAGAUUGAAUCGAGGCGUUCGGAAUCAGGAAGGGGGGGUUUGGACAGAGUAAA